AUCCGGUACUGGCCCGACGCGCGGCCUGGCCUAUGGGCGCCGGGCUGCCCGUGAGUGGCUUUUCUGCCUGUCGCUGAAGGAAGGGAGGCCGGUUCAGUCAUGGCGGCGUUUCUGAGGGUUCUGGCUCUGGCUUUCUUGGCCGUGCUGGCCGGCUCCGGCGUCGGAGGGCAGAAGAAGAAGGAGAUGGUUCUUUCAGAAAAAGUGAACCAGCUGAUGGAAUGGGCUAGCAAACGGUCGGUAAUUCGACUGAACGGUGAUAAAUUUCGUCGUCUUAUAAAGGCACCACCAAGAAACUACUCUGUGAUUGUUAUGUUCACUGCGCUUCAGCCUCACAGACAAUGUGUUGUGUGCAAGCAAGCUGAUGAAGAAUAUCAGAUUCUGGCAAACUCAUGGCGGUACUCAAGUGCAUUCACAAACAGGAUCUUUUUUGCCAUGGUUGAUUUCGAUGAAGGCUCUGAUGUAUUUCAAAUGCUCAACAUGAACUCUGCUCCAACCUUCAUUAAUUUCCCACCAAAAGGGAAACCGAAAAAAGGUGACACAUACGAACUGCAAGUACGAGGUUUUGCUGCUGAACAGCUAGCCCGUUGGGUUGCUGAUAGAACUGAUGUCAAUAUCCGUGUGAUAAGGCCUCCAAACUAUGCUGGGCCCUUGAUGUUGGGGCUGCUCCUCGCUGUUAUUGGUGGCCUUGUGUACUUAAGAAGAAGCAACCUGGAUUUUCUGUAUAACAAGACAGGCUGGGCUUUUGCUGCUUUGUGUUUCGUUCUGGCAAUGACAUCAGGGCAAAUGUGGAAUCACAUCAGAGGGCCACCAUAUGCUCAUAAGAAUCCCCAUACAGGUCAAGUGAGCUAUAUCCAUGGGAGCAGUCAAGCCCAAUUUGUUGCUGAAACACACAUUGUUCUGUUGUUUAAUGCUGGUGUUACUCUUGGGAUGGUGCUCCUGCAUGAAGCUGCAACUUCUGACCUGGAGGUAAUGAAGAGAAAAAUAAUGUGUAUGGCUGGCAUCGGUUUGGUGGUCUUCUUCUUCAGUUGGCUGCUGUCAAUAUUUAGAUCUAAGUACCAUGGCUAUCCAUACAGCUUCCUAAUGAGCUAAAGAAUGUUGCAUCUCUGCUGUUUUCCUGAAGCGUGAAAUAUGUGGACCAUGCUACCUCCAUUUGAAAUGAAUAGGAAUGAGACUGUUGCACACCAAACCAAAGAUGUCAAGUGCCUUGACAAUUUGCCCUAAAAGUCAUGGGGAGUACAGUGGUACCUCGGGUUAAGUACUUAAUUUGUUCGGGAGGUCCGUUCUUAACCUGAAACUGUUCUUAACCUGAAGCACCACUUU